CGUGGCGGACCGAAGUAGCUCGGUUCCCUUUUUGGGCAGGGCGAUUCGAUUACGGGUGAGGCCUACUGGUCGACCCGUACAUAAUCCCGGAACCGAGUCAACCGACUCUGAAGUUGGCUUUUUCUCGUUCGCGCAAGUUCUUUGGAACCUUUUGGAACCGGGAUCAAUUUCUCAGUGAGAACUUGAUCCCGGAAUCAGUUUGCCAUGGCGGCUGAGAUGGCCGCCGUUGGUAGAUCUAAAAGACUCGGCGUCUACAUCCACUCUCCUUGAGUUACUGACAAUGCCAGAUUUCCACUCCAAGGUUGGCAGACUACCGCAUGUACCGGACGACCUCACCAUCCCACAAUUUAUCCUUGAUCAUGACCAUCCCAUAAGGUCAAAGCGUCCCAAAGGUGUACCCUGGCUCGUUACUGACAAGUCAGGCAGGAAGAUACAUCUCGAUGAGAUCCAACGCCGAGCUAAUGGCCUUGCGGUGGGUCUCAAGGAGAGGUUUUCCAUAGGUUUGAAUGAUCCAGUUCUUUUUUUCUCUACCAAUCACGUCGAUUAUCCUGUAUGUAUGUGGGCUGUACACCGUAUCUUGGGGAUCGUCACACCUUGCAACCCCUCAUUUACGGUCCCAGAGCUCGUACAGCAUCUCCGGUUGUCAAAAUCCAGUCUUAUCAUCACCCACGUCGACUUUCUAAACACAGUUUGUCGGGCUGCUCGUGAAGUCGGACUUUCUACGAAACGGAUCGUCGUUCUUCUCGAUCAAGACUCCCAGACCGCGAAUCAAACAGGAUUUGUGUCUGUGGAUGAUCUCGCUGUGCAGGGUAUAAAGAGUGAAAAUACCUUAGAAAAUGUUCAACUAGCACCAGGCCAAGGAAAGGAGAUGAUAGCCUUCUAUAGCUCGUCGAGCGGUACCACCGGAGCGCCCAAGAUUGUCCAAAUAUCACAUUACGCCUUUAUAGCUAAUGUACUCCAAAUUGCUUCCCUCAACAAAGUGAACGAGGAGUAUGACAAAUGGGAGAAGCGCAGGUACAGACCGGGUGAUGUGUGUUUGGGUGUUCUUCCCUUCUAUCAUAUCUAUGGCUUGGUUCUGAUUCUUCAUUUCAACAUUUUUUCUGCGAUGUCUGUGGUCGUGGUCCCAAAGUUUAACUUCAAAGAGAUGCUUCAAAGCAUCGUUAAAUAUCGGAUUUCCUCUCUGAUGGUUGUUCCUCCGCAAGUGGUUUUGUUAUGCAAGGAUCCUAUCGUCAAAAACUUUGAUCUUUCAAGUGUUAGAGUCGUCUUGUGUGCUGCUGCUCCGCUUACUGCGGAGCUCUAUGACCAACUCGGUCAACUUCUGCCAAACAUAUACAUCGGCCAAGCUUACGGGUCUACUGAAGCUACUGGUGUUGUAUCCAUGUGCCCUGUUCAGCAAAGAUGCGGCAUGUUUGGGGGAGUACUCGCGCCAGGUAUUGUCGGGCGAGUGGUCAAAGCCGAUGGGACUUUGGGGGAUUACGAUGAGGAAGGUGAAUUGUAUAUCAGGACUCCUGCUGCUGCGGCAAGUUAUCUUAACAAUGAUGCUGCAACCCGAGACACGUUUACUGGGGGAUGGAUCCGUUCCGGGGAUCUAGUGAAAGUUGACAAGAACCAUGAAGUUAUUUUUAUUGAUCGUUUGAAGGAGAUAAUUAAGGUUCGGGGAUUCCAAGUCGCGCCUGCCGAGUUAGAGGGUUGUAUUUUAGACCAUCCCUUUGUAAGAGACGCGUGUGUCGUUGGAGUUCCUCAUGCAUACAGCGGAGAAGUUCCAUUGGCAUUUAUCGUUCUUACCAAGGAUGGGAUGAAUGCAGGCGAGAAGGAUGGAGGUUUUGCAGGUGUUAAAUCGUCAAUCCGAAAGCAUGUCGCGGAGAAUAAAGCUCCAUUCAAGCACUUGCAUCAGGUCGAAAUCACAGAUGUGAUUCCGAAAACUCCUAGUGGGAAACUACUUAGGCGAGAGCUUCGCGACAAGGCCCGGGACGUCGUUCAGAAUGCCAAACUUUAGCCAAACAGACAAUGUCGUAUUUUACUGUGUAUAUAAGAGAAAAUGAUCCGCUCUCGCCC